UCUAAAGAACACGCACACAUAUAACGAGAAAAAGGUAUCCAAGAGCCCGAAGAGGUACACCUUAAAAUCCCUGCAGCACCGUAUGCGUGCCCAAAAACUGAACUGCACGUCCGUCCCACCGUUCGACUACAGUAGCAUCACCCCCUCCCUGUCCCACUCUAUACCAAAACGGAAGAUUGCCGACUACGGCAUACUG